AUGGCUCACAGGGAACAAUUCGCUGUUUACCCAGACCUGAAAGAUAAGGUCGGCUUGAUCAUAGGAGCAGGCCAGUCCGGCGACCCAACCUCGAAAUACUGGGGUAAUGGGGCUGCCAUAGCGAAAGUUCUCAGCGCAUCAGGCGUAAGAGUAAUCGCCUGCGAUUUGAACCUAGAAGCAGCACAGCGCACGGCAUCACACAUCAAGGAAAGUGGGAACUACUGCGACGCUGUGCAAGCCGAUGCGAGAUCUCAACCCGAUAUCCAACGAGUCAUCAACGAUACAGCUGCCAAGUAUGGGCGCAUUGACAUCCUCGUGAAUAACGUCGGCGGGACAAAAACAGGAGACCCAGCCACCAUGUCAGAGGAGGCCUGGGAUGCACAGAUUCAGCUGAACCUGAAAUCAGUGUUCCUAAGCUGCAAUGCUAUUCUCCCCAUUAUGGAGAAACAGGGCAGCGGCGCAGUGAUCAAUAAUGCUUCUAUUGCAGGCAUGAGAUAUCUCGGCAAACCUCAAGUGGCGUAUGCGUCGGCAAAGGCAGCUGUUAUCCAUUUUUCCAAAGUAACUGGUGUCAUGUACGCUUCGAAAGGGAUUCGUGUGAACUCGAUCGCUCCGGGGAUGGUUUAUACGCCGUUGUUGGAGAUGCUAGGUAACAGCAAGUCAGCGGAAGAUCGGGAGAUUCAUAAGAAGAUCACGGAUCAUAAUAUUCCCCAGGGAACUAUGGGGGAUGCUUUUGAUGUUGCUAAUUGCGUGGCCUUUCUUGCGAGUCAUUCUGCUCGUUAUAUCAUUGGCCAAAAUCUGGUUAUUGAUGGAGGUCUGACUGAAUCAACUGGGACUGGGUGGUCUUCUAUAUCGAACUUCUCGCGUUUGUAA